AUGCCUGGCAUCAUCGAGUCGACCACCAGCCACGGCGCUGCCUCGAACGGCAAUGGGCAGAAUGGAGCACACCCAGCGCUGUCUGUCCCUGUCCUGAUUGUGGGCGGUGGUCCCACUGGCUUGCUCACUGCGUACAUGUUGUCGAAAUUUGGAGUGAGGUCUCUCCUUGUCGAGAAGUACCCUGAGCGCUUGGCUGCCCCGAAGGCGCACGCGCUCAGCCCGAGGAGCUUGGAAAUAUGCCGCCAGUUCGGCCUCGACACAAAUGCCAUGCGCAAGCUGGGAUCGCCCAGGGGUGAUUCUUACUGGGUCAACUUCCUGACCAACCUGAGCGGCGAGCGCAUCGGCUUGCUGCCGUAUGAACGCAUGGACAAGGAGGUUCUGGACUGCACCCCGGAGAUGAUUCACAACAUUCCCCAGCCGGACUUUGAAAAGUUCGUCGCAGACGCCUUGGAGAGCGACCCCAAUGUCGAGAUUCGGAAAGGCGUCGCCUUCGUCUCGUGCGAGGAGAGGGCCGACGAGGUGUUCUCGACUGUCGAGGAGCGCUCGACCAAGAACCGAUGGCAAGUCAAGUCAAGGCACGUGGUUGCCUGCGACGGUACUCGAAGUCAAGUGCGGAAUUUCCUCAGGAUCGAAUCCGAGGACGAGACUAUGAUGACGAUACACUUCAAGGCCGACCUGCGGCGCGUCGUUGGUGACCGUGUCGGCAUGCUGCACUGGAUAACCGACCCAGCCUGCUCUGGAUUUGUCAUCGCCUACGAUCUCGGGGGGAACCAGGUGCUCAUCAGCAACUUUGAUUCCAAGCGACACCCGGCAGAGACCUGGACCCAGGACCUCGCCCGCUCUACCGUGUCCGCGGCAGUUGGAAAGGACAUUCCUCUCGAGAUCCUGAGCUACAGACCGUGGCUGUUGAGCCGAAAGGUCGCCAGGGAAUACCGUCACGGACGCGUCUUCCUGGUCGGCGACGCCGCGCACUCAUUCCCCCCCACGGGCGGCCUCGGUCUCAACUCGGGUCUCGCCGAUGCCCACAACCUUGCCUACAAGAUCGCCGCUGUGCAUCAGGGCUGGGCCAAAUCCUCGCUGCUCGACUCGUAUGAAGACGACCGCCGCCAGAUUGCCAUUGUCAACUCCGCGCAGAGUGUGAAGAACGGCAAGAAAAUCUUCUCGUUCCUCAAGACGCUCGGUACUGCAGGCAUCGAUGACGUAGAGCAGGCUCGAGCGAACUUGCACAGGUCGAUCCACGACCCUGCUAAGCAGGGCAUGAUUGAACGGGAGGUUGAAGGGCAGCGGGAGCACUUUGACAACCUGGGAAUCCACAUCGGCUAUGUAUACGGAGACAAGGAGACUCCCACGAGCGCGUCCAGCUUCACACCAAAGUUCGUUACCGGUGCUCGGCUCCCCCAUGCCUGGAUCAAGCUUCGCGGCUCGACCGCCGCCCUGGAUCUACCUCCUGUUGACGUGAGCUACGUAUCGGAAUUCACAAAGGACGACAUUGCAGCCCGGAAAUACUCAACGCUUGAUCUCGUGGACAUGGACAACUUCACGCUGAUCGUGUCGUCUAAGGCGGCUUGGGCCGAGCGGUUCCAGCAGCUGCAGGACGCAUUGGAUGAGAUCAACGGGCAGCUGCAGCUACGGGCCAUGGACGCGGACUUUGAGUUUGUUGACGCCAAACAGCUAGAGCUGUUCGAGGAGGGCGCUCACUUCUCGGAGGGUGGCGCUCUGCUCGUGCGGCCGGACCAGCACUUGCUAGGCUGCCCGGGCCCUCAAACAUCGGCGCGAGACUUGGAGUCACUCAUCCGGAGCCAUCUGGGACUAUAG